UCCCCUCUCCUUCCCCCCUGCCCCUCUACUUCCCUCCCUCCCUCCUCAUCCCUCUUUCUCUCUCACCACUCUCCCUCUCCACUUCCUCUGGUUUCCUUGGUUUCCAAGCCCCUGAUCCAUCAGAGCUGAUGAAAGGAGAGUAUUGAUCAGGCAGUGUGAAAUGCCAGCCAGUCACCGAUCAGAGGCAUCGAUCCUUGAUCGGCACCUUAUUGACCCAGGCUGUGACACCUUCCUGUCAGUGAGGUGGUGAGAGAUCAAUAACGUGUGUGUGUGCAAGAGGCUGUGUGUGUGUGCGUGCGUGCACAUGUGUCCUGGAAUGAACUGCCUCUAGUAGGACAUGUUGCAGGAGAGGCAGAAUUGACAAGCUGUACAAUCAUUUAUUAGCAAACUGUUUCAUCUCUCUCUCCUUUUUUCUCUCUCUCUCUCCCUCUCUUGCUCUUUCUCCGUCUCUUCCUCCCCACCCGGGUCAUGUGACAAGCAUUUCUCUCGUGGAAUAUUCCGGGCAGGGACAGGAUGAUCUCUCCUCUCUUUGAAGUCGCAGCAGAACCAAUCAUGUCGCCCUUCUUAUGGUGAGGAACCUGUGUUACAUGGUGACGAGGAGGGAGAAGAUGAAGAGUUCUUUGUUUGACGUUCAGGAGAAGAUCUUCCACCUGCAGAUACAACUACUGGAGGAAGACCUGGCUGGAGAGAAAACCCUGAAGGGGGAGAAGGGGAGGCAGAUUGGGGUGAAGGAAAGAGGGAAGGAGCGCAGGAAAAGCAGUCCGGAAAAGAAGGAGAGAUGGAAGUCUGAUGACGGCUCACUCCUUAAACAGCUAGGUUUCUCCAAGACCUUCCCCCUGGAUAACCCUCUGUUUGACAGCUGGCUGGCCCAGUCUGUCCAGAUCACAGCAGAUGACAUGCUGAACCAGUGGGCUCUGGACGGACAACACCGGGACAAGACUGCCAGCCUGCUCUCUGACCAGCUCCUGCAAGGGGAGGAGAGUCUUCUGAGCCUGAUGAUGGACCACUCCAUGAAGUCCACCUGGCAGACCCCUCAGCUGGGCCGGAGGCCCCGGGGAGGCAAGCCCAGGGCCCGGGCCCCCCCGCACUCCAGCCCCCCUCCUCCUCCAGACCCCCCGGUUGUCGCUAUUGGCCCCUCCUCUACCCGGGGCCCCAGGGUGGGGGCGGCGCCCCCGGAGGAGCGUCCGGGCCACGGGGCCCGCAGAGGGGAGCGUUCCCGGGGGUCCAGGGCCCUCCACCAGCACCACCACCUCCACCCCCAGCCCCGCAGCAUGGACCUCCGGCAGGACCCCCCCCCACAGCCCCCCAUCUCCAAAAUGGACUCCUGCCACAUCUCGGAGGAACGCGGUCCCUGGGACAGCCUCCACACGGGGGGGCCAGCCUCCCCCUCAGCCCCCAGCCCCACCUCCUCCCCCAGACAAGCCUCUAGUCCCGGGACAGCCCCCGAGACAGGGGGCGGGGCCCCCCGCGUGCCCCUGCGGCUCCGCCUCACCCGCCAGGGCAAGGCCCGGGGGAGGGGCGGGGCGGGGGGGGUGGAGCCAGUGGAACGCCCGGAGAGAGAUCCGCCCCUUCCAGGGAAGGAAGCGACGCUAUUGGACACUGAGACAGACGGGUACUUCUCGGACGCCGAGCAGAGCGACUCGGAAACCCGUUCCAGCGGACGCAAGCUCCGCCUCCCCCAGAUGCAUGCUGGGAGCGAGGACUUGCUGAGAAGAAGUGUCCUGGCAUCGUAAACAACCAACAAAAACUUAAAACACACACACACACUCCAUUGACCAGGACACACUGUUCACAUUGGAGUUCCAUCCCAGCUCCCAAGUUUCCACGGUUACUGUCAAUGCUCUCAACACCCACUCUACACACAUAAACACAUACCUACCUACAGUUGUACUCUCUACUACCAUCCUAGUUUGCUUUAAUGAACCAAAUCUGUGUACUUUAUCUACCAGUGUGUCAUCACCGGGCGCUCCGCUUCCUGGCUGGGUAGCAGAGGCUAGCUGUCAGUCAGACGGCUACACACCCAGACCGUAGUGUGUCCUCCAGAGCUGGUCACAGGUCUACAGAUGCUGUCACAGGUCUACAGAUGCUGUAUGUUGGAACCAAGCGAAACAUGACAAUACACAUUUUAGAUCUUUUUUUUUUUUUUCUUUUGUUACAUGCGAUCCACCCUUUCUGAUGGCUGUCCCGUUGUCGACGGCGACCAUCAGGAGUGUGACGCAUGUGGGCAUUACAACGUUGGUUCAGGUGACUCAGGCCCCCUUCCCUCCCUCCGCCCCUCGUGUCUCCAGCGCGGGGCGGGAGGAACCACCAUGUUUCAGUUCUGAGUCUGAACGUGUACAGUCGAGCAUCAGAGGAAAACGUUACCUUUUUAAAAGCACAAAACCGACAUAAGGAACUGUCAUACACACAUUUGUGCAUAUACAGUACAAGGAUGUACACAGACACACACACACACACUCACACACAUUGACAACCGCACUCCUAUAAGCAAAUGAUUUAGCAUUCAAAGCAGAUGUUGAAACAUGCUGUCAUUGCUUCUUCCUCCCCCCCCUCGGAUUUCGGCUUACAUCAUUGGACGAACAGUAUUUUAAGGAAUUCAAAUGUGUGCCUUCUGUUGCCCCCCCCCCCCCCUAAAACAGGAUUUAUCAAAUCAAUCAACCAAUCAAAUCAAUCAGUCAUCUAAUCUGAUUUGCUACAAUCAAAACAAACAAAGCAAAGCCUGUUGUUGUGGGUCGUUAUCGCGACUGACCAGCAGGGGGCUCUCAUCCUUAAUUGCUCCAGUGCCUAAAGAGAAAGAUGUAUUAGCAUUAAUCACUCCGCCCAACCCCACAGCAAGAGAAACCACACAGGCGCAAGGGCGAGAGGUUGGGGCCGUCCGGUCUCUGCCCCCCCCCUCCACGCUCGGCAACAGACGCCCUACUGUCAGGACGGAUUAUAUCUAUCCUCCUCCAUGGGCCGUACUGUCGAGUUGUUUUUGUUGUAAAUCAAGUUUCUGUUUGAAAAAAAAUCUUUGUUUCGUUUUUCUCUCAGAGAGUUGUGCGUUGUACCGAAGUGGUCCAUGGUAAAUUUCUCAGGGUUUGAACAAAACAAAAAUAAUCAAAAAGAAAAACUAUUAAAAGGGUUGAAAUCGAACCUGAAAUCAAAGUUAAACUUAGAUAUAUUAUAUAGUAAAAAAACAUAUUUUAUACAUGUAUAAAGCGAUAUGUGUAGAAAGUUCCUU